CCCCGCGCGCAGCCCGGGAGCGCCAGGCCUGCGGGCGCAGCGGCCGUGCGCGUCAUGAGCCGCAUCUACCACGACUGCGCCCUCCGGAACAAGGCGGUGCGGAGCGCGCGGCUGCCGGGGGCCUGGGACCCCGCCGCCCACCAGGGGGGCAACGGCGUCCUGCUGGAGGGAGAACUGGUCGAUGUGUCCCGCCACAGCAUCUUGGACGCCCAUGACAGGAAGGAGCGCUACUACGUGCUGUACAUCAGGCCCAGUCGCAUCCAUCACCGGAAGUUCGACCCCAAGGGAAAUGAGAUUGAGCCCAACUUCAGCGCCACCAGGAAGGUCAACACGGGCUUCCUCAUGUCGUCCUACAAGGUGGAGGCGAUGGGGGACACCGACAGGCUCACGCCCGAGGCCCUGAAGGCACUGGUGCAAAAGCCAGAGCUGCUUGCGCUGACAGAGAGCCUUACCCCCGACCAGACAGUGGCGUUCUGGAUGCCCGAGUCAGAGAUGGAGGCCUUGGACCUGGAGCUGGGGGCCGGGGUACGGCUGAAAACUCGAGGCGACAGCCCCUUCCUGGAGUCCUUAGCCAAACUUGAGGCUGGAACAGUGACCAAGUGUAAUUUUGCUGGUGAUGGAAAGACAGGGGCAUCCUGGACAGACAACAUUAUGGCACAGAAGUCUUCGGCGGGAGCCGUGGAGGAGACCCGAGGGCAGGGGGACGGGGCCGAGGACGAGGAGUGGGAUGACUGAGGUGAGUGGGCGUGAAGCGCCCCUG